AUGUCAGAGGAAACUCACGACGCAGCCUCGCUCGGGCCGCUAGCAAUCCAAUCUGCAGUCCUGGUGUCAGGCAUAAUGGGAUGGAUCCUGACUAUCUCAAUGUGCUUCUGCUUGACCGAUCUCGACAGCAUCCUUCGAACCCCCACAGGUCUUCCAGCGGCCCAAAUCUUCCUGAACGCUGGCGGAAAGACCGGUGGCACAAUCAUGUGGGGGUUUGCCAUCCUAGUCCAGUUCUUCACUGGCUGCUCGGCCAUGCUGGCAGAUACGCGAAUGGCAUACGCCUUCGCCCGUGAUGAGGCCCUACCGUUCUCCUCCUUCCUAUCCAAAAUUAACAAAUACACCCGCACUCCCGUCAACGCCGUCUGGUUCGUCGUUCUUUUCAGCAUCGGCCUCAACUGCAUCGCCAUCGGAUCGACGCAAACGGCCACCGCGAUCUUCAGCAUCACAGCCCCAGCACUGGAUCUCUCAUAUGUCUCCGUCAUCCUUGCCCAUAGACUCUAUAAGGAUAAGGUCAAGUUCGUCGAGGGGCCAUUCACGCUUGGUCGAUGGGCCGCAGCCAUUAACUGGAUUUCCAUCGUCUGGGUCUUGUUCAUUAGCACGGUGCUCUUCUUCCCGCCGACUGUGCCGGUCACGGCGUCGAAUAUGAAUUAUGCGAUCUGCGUGGGUGCUUUUAUCGCUGCGUUUGCGCUCUUUUGGUGGUGGGCGUAUGCGCGUGGAAAAUAUACUGGUCCGCGGACGAAUGAGUAUAUACAAGAGAUUCCCACGGAGGAUUUGGACGAGGACUAUGGAACAUUGCGUUAG